AUUGCCCUUCUCUCCAUGGCUGCUCACCUUGACCUUCUCUUUCAAUACUCUUCUUCUUCUUCUUUUCUUCCUCUUUCUCAAAUUACUCGAGACGGGUCGACUCCGAACAGUUCAAGCCCUAUGCAAACGCCAGACGUUGUCGACGACGAUGACUCGUGGGAAGUCAGGGCUUUCGCGGAGGACACGGCUGAUGUCAUGGGAACUACUUGGCCUCCUAGGUCAUACACUUGCACUUUUUGUAGAAGAGAGUUCAGGUCUGCUCAAGCCCUAGGUGGUCAUAUGAAUGUUCACCGUCGCGAUCGUGCUCGGCUCCAUCAAGCCCCGUCGAACGCAAUCAAACCCUUUUCUUCCUCUUCUUCUUCUUCUUCUUCUACUUCGAAUUCUUUCAUUAUCCCAGCUCAUGAUUUUAAUGGUGGAGGGUUGUGUGUUCUCUACCCAUUCCCAAACCCUUACAGCAUUCGCUCACCCUCUUCUCUUUUCUCUAUGUCCCAUCAUUCCUUCAACAACUUCAUGCCCUCGACCUCGCCCGCCUCAGCCUUUCCGAUUCGUAAUCACCGUGCCGGAGCGAGUAGUUUCCCUCAAUCCUUGAGUGAUGAACAAGCCAUGGAAAGUAGCAACCAAGAGGUUGAUCUAGAGCUCAGGCUUGGACAAGCUCCUUCAACUCAAACUCUCAUGGAAAAGGGACACAAAAUCUCUAAUUUUGAAGCUGCUUGUCUGAGGAAGAGAUCAUCAGAUUGAUCAAUUUGUAAGCCAAUUUCUUUUUUUUCUUUUUUUUCUUUUUAAUUUUUAUUUUGGGGGGUUAAGUUUUUCCUGUUUGGGAUUGAAAUAAAAUUCAAAAAAAAAAAAAAAAAAAUUAAAGGAGGAGAUUUUAAUUCUGGAAGAAUCUUAUUGGGAAGAAAAAAGAAAAAUUAGGGUUUUGAGGUAAGGGACUGAACAAGAAAGUGUGCAGUGGAAUGUCUUUUUCUAGGUUACAGAUUUCAAGGUAAAAGUAAGCAUCCUGAGCCUACAUUUCCGUGGGGAUUAUUACUUCCAUCAUCCAUGGCUUUUGUUUCUAUUAUUGUUUUUUUUUUUUUUAUAAUCAAAAUCAUUCAUUCAACCAAUUAAGAAGCUCAUAUUUAGGAUGAAUUUUAGUUGCAUGAAUUGGGUGUUUCUGUUUUACUCAUCCAAUUGGUUGGAUUAUGGGCAGAAUUUGAUCCCUUGUUGUUUUGGUUCUUAAAUGAAGGGUUUAAGAACAUUAUCAUCAUUCUCUGCAUAUAGAGGUAAACAGAUCAAUAUCAAUUAGGUGUUGCUUAGAUAUUGGUUUGAAAUUUGGUGAAUGUAGCUCAAACAUUAGAUUACUUAGUUGAGAAUAUGUAUAGUUGUUUGAUGAAACCCUUUUGAUAAGAAGAACUAACUAAGAGUCUUGUAAUCUUAGCCUUAUGGAAUGUGUACUCAAAAUCUAGAGCCCCCCCUCCUUCCUCCUAUCUCUAAGUGGAAGAAACCAAGU